AUGGGUAAUGCUUCUUGCACUGGCUCUUCUGACUGUGUUGGCUACGCCCGUAAUAGAGCACAAGGUUCUGCGAUCAUAUUUUUGACAUCUGACGCGUUGAAGUAUUUUGUAUGUAGUGUGGUGCGACGACUGGCCUCGGCGCCAAGAGUAGCUUCCCCAAAGCCGGAAAGACUACGCGUGCAGAUCAAGAGACUCGGUGGCAAGGCCCGUUCAUUUGGUUACUGCGAUGUGUUGGUCAAUGUCGCUGACCGCUGUCCGCCUGACGCGUCCGUCGAGCUUCGCCGUUCUGCCACCACCACCGUCUUCCACGAGGUUCAGAAUGUUCCUGCGGACCGCUCGACCACUGAGGCCACCCACCAAGGAACAUCAGGCAUUCCUCUGUGGUCAGUCAUAGUAAUCGCCUCAGUUUGCAUCCUGUGCCUUAGUGCGCCGCACUACGACCAGUCGUCAUCUUCGUCAGUUUCGUCACAGUUGUGGCCAAAAUGGCUGUGCAUUAGUUUCUCACAGAAACUGGUAGCCUCCUACGUCCUAGGUAUCGUUACCGCUGUAUUUUUGAAAAGCUGA